AUGUGGGGCAGCAGAAGCAGCUAUGGAGGGUUCAGCAGCUCCUCAUUGUCUGGAGCUGGAUUUGGCAGUGGCUUGAUGUCCCAAAGUGCCAUCAGCAACUAUGGAAGCUCUGGCUUUGGUGGCAGCAUUGGCUUUGCUGGCAGUGCUGGUUUUGGCGGCAGCGAUGGGCUCCUCUUGGGCGGGGAGAAGCAAACCAUGCAAAACCUGAACGAUCGUCUGGCGGCCUAUUUGGAUAAAGUGCGAGCUCUGGAGACCGCUAAUGGUGAGCUGGAGAAGAAAAUUAGAGAGUGGUAUGAGAAGCACAACUCAGCAAACAGCUACCAAAGAGGAGACUACUCCAAGUACUUCAACAUCAUCGAAGAUUUAAAGAGUAAGAUUAUCGCUGCCAGUACAGACAAUGCUAGAGUGGUCCUGCAGAUUGACAAUGCCCGACUGGCUGCUGAUGACUUCAGAAUGAAGUAUGAAAAUGAAUUGAGCUUGCGCCAAAGUGUGGAGACUGACAUCAAUGGCCUCCGACGUGUCUUGGAUGAACUGACACUCGCCAGGUCUGACCUUGAGCUGCAGGUUGAGUCUUUGAAUGAAGAACUGGUUUUCCUCAAGAAGAACCAUCUAGAGGUAGGAAGAUCAUUUAAAGGGGGUGGCACCGGCCAAGUCAGUGUUGAGAUGGAUGCUGCACCAGGUGUGGACCUAACCAAAUAUCUGAAUGAAAUGAGAGCCGAAUAUGAACAACUGGCAGAGAAGAACCGCAAAGAUGCUGAAGAAUGGUUCCUCAAGAAGAGCAGUGAACUGAAAAAAGAAAUUUCCAUUGGUGUACAAGAAGUCCAGACUAGCCGCACUGAGAUCUCAGACCUCAAGCGUACAUUACAAAGUCUUGAAAUUGAACUACAGGCACAAGUCUCCAUGAAAAACUCCCUGGAAGGAACAUUAUCAGAGACAGAAGGUCGUUACUGUGCACAACUGAACCAGCUCCAGAUCCAAAUCAGCAGUGUUGAAGAACAGUUGCAGCAAGUCAGAUCAGACAUGGAAAGACAGAGGGCAGAAUAUGCAAGACUUUUGGACAUCAAGACCAGACUGGAAAUGGAGAUUGAAACCUACAGACGUCUGCUAGAGGGAGAACUUGGGUAA